AUGGGGGAUUUGGGGUCCCCACAGGGUCCCAGAAGCUCCUUUGGGGGGGCCCCAAUUAAGUCACCCGCUCCCCCCUUCCCCCCCACCUCACCAUUGGCUGAGGAGGUCCUGGAGGUGUGGCCAGGCCUGGAGGUGGGCCUGGAUGCGGGCAGCGACCAAUCGGAGGCGAGGGAGGAAGUCGGGGGUGGGGCUGAGGCCUCCAGCAGCCGAUCCUGGGCCGGAGGGAGAGGGUCAGGAGGAGAGCAGUUCCAGCCCUGCCCCUCCCCACAGCCCUCGGCCAAUCAGAGGCAGACUCACUCUCAGGUGGGAGGUGCCCGGCUGGCUCCAGCCCCACCCCUGCUGGUUUUGGCCCCGCCCCCAGCAGCAGCCUAUGGCGAAGGGCCAGGACCUGGCGCAGGGCCCCCUGCUGGCUCUGGGGGGAACAGCAGUGCCCGGGGAGGGCUCCCAGUAAAUCCCAGUCCCUCUCUGUAUGCACCAGUAGCUCCCAGUGCCCCCCAGACCCCCUCCCAGUACCCACCAUUAGCUCCCAGUGCCCCCCAGAUCCCCUCCCAGUACCUACCAUUAGCUCCCAGUGCCCCCCAGAUCCCCUCCCAGUACCCACCAUUAGCUCCCAGUGCCCCCCAGAUCCCCUCCCAGUACCCACCAUUAGCUCCCAGUGCCCCCCAGAUCCCCUCCCAGUACCCACCAUUAGCUCCCAGUGCCCCCAAGACCCCCUCCCAGUACCCACCAUUAGCUCCCAGUGCCCCCCAGACCCCCUCCCAGUACCCACCAUUAGCUCCCAGUGCCCCCCACGCCCCCUCUCAGUGCUUCCCAGUAGCUCCCAGUGCCCCCCAGAUCCACUCCCAGUACCCACCAUUAGCUCCCAGUGCCCCCCAGAUCCACUCCCAGUACCCACCAUUAGCUCCCAGUGCCCCCCAGACCCCCUCCCAGUACCCACCAUUAGCUCCCAGUGCCCCCCAGACCCCCUCCCAGUACCCACCAUUAGCUCCCAGUGCCCCCCACGCCCCCUCUCAGUGCUUCCCAGUAGCUCCCCGUGCCCCCCAGACCCCCUCCCAGUAG